CAGUGCUCCUCCAAUCACCCCGCCCCCAAACAGACGCAGUCUCUGCAGCUCUUUUCCCCUCCAGCUCAACAAAUCAAGGUUUACUACAGCUCAGGAAGACACUUUAUGCUAGCAUAUUCAAAAUCACUGAGUGUGUGUGAAUGUGAGCAUCUAAACCUUCAAGAUGGGCUGUUUCCAGUCCAAAACUGCUAAUGUCCAGUCCCCUGACCUGCCUCCGCUGCCGGACACCAAUACAGAUCUGGCUAACGGGGAACAAACGGAUCAAGAUCAAGUACCAGCUUUUAAGGAAUUUGGACUUGCAGAUCUCCGGGCUGCAACAAAUGGUUUUAGCAACGACUUGAUAGUUUCGGAGAGUGGAGAGAAAGCACCAAAUGUUGUUUACAGAGGCAAGCUUCGGAGUAAUAGGCUUGUUGCAGUCAAGCGCUUCUCAAAGCAGUCAUGGCCAGACCCACAGCAGUUUGUGGCAGAAGCUGCUGGAGUUGGAAAGGUUAGACAUAAGAGAUUGGUGAACUUAAUUGGAUGUUGUGCAGAAGGAGAUGAACGCUUACUAGUUGCUGAGUACAUGCCAAAUGAUACACUGUCAAAGCACCUCUUCCACUGGGAUAAGCAGCCACUUCCUUGGGAAAUGCGCGUAAGAGUUGCAUGCCACAUAGCACAAGCUCUUGACUGCUGCAACUCUGAGAACCGGAAAAUCUAUCAUGACUUGAAUGCUUACAGAAUUCUUUUUGAUGAGGAGGGUGACCCUAGGUUGUCUAGUUUUGGCUUGAUGAAAAACAGCCGGGAUGGAAAGAGUUAUAGCACCAAUUUAGCUUACACUCCGCCUGAAUUUUUAAGAACAGGCAGGGUAAUCCCCGAAAGUGUGAUUUACAGUUAUGGAACUGUUCUUCUGGACCUUUUGAGUGGAAAGCAUAUUCCACCAAGUCAUGCUUUAGAUUUGAUCAGAGGGAAAAAUGUUUUAUUGCUGAUGGACUCAUCCCUGGAAGGACAAUAUACUAAUGAAGACGCAACUGCAUUGGUCGAACUUGCCUCAAAGUGCCUUCAAUACGAGGCCAGAGAUAGGCCUGACCUCAAGUUUCUUCUUACUGCUGUAGCGCCCCUUCAAAAGCAGGAAGUUGCAUCGCAUCUGCUGAUGAAUCUGACAAAAAGCCCUGUCGUUUCACCCACAAUGGUGUCUCCACUAGGAAAGGCUUGUUCGAGAAUGGAUCUUACUGCAGUGCAUGACAUCUUGCUCAAAACAGGCUAUAGAGACGAAGAUGGCGCAGAUAAUGAGCUUUCAUUCCAAGAAUGGACACAACAAGUUCAAGAUAUGAUAAACACGAAGAAAUUCGGAGAUAUCGCGUUCAAGGACAAGGAUUUCAAGAACGCAGUCGAAUACUAUUCCAAGCUGGUGUCGAUGAUGCCUGUGCCAUCUGGGACGGUGUUUGUGAGACGAGCCCUCUCGUAUCUGAUGAUAGAGCAAGCGGAGCUAGCACUGAGAGAUGCAAUGCAGGCCCAGGUUUGCUUGCCUGAGUGGCCGAUGGCCUUCUACAUGCAGGCGCUUGCCCUAUCGAAGCUCGGAAUGGAGACCGACGCCCAAGACAUGCUCAACGACGGAGCAUCAUUAGAAGCCAAGAAGCAAAACAGUUGGCGCAACUAGCUGCAUGAUUGAAUGAGGUGAGAGUGAGAGUAACAUAAUGUUUGGUGUAGUUGAAUUAGCUUCAUACACAAAAAAAGAGAAAUGUAAAAAUAUUUUAUUAGGGUUGUUUAUUGAUGGGAGUGAAUGUUAAUAUAGGUUAAGGUUUGCAAUACGCAUCAUAUGUUUUUGUAACUCUUUCUCACACACAUACCUUUUCCGCCCGCCCAAGAAUUGGCAAUCAUUCUAUCGAGA